AUGUUUCCGAGCCUGAAUCUGGGAGUUGGAGUAGUCGUUCUUGUCUUUACUGCUGGUGCAUUUUGUUUCGUUGCCGGCAGUGAGCAGUGCCGCACGAAGGAAGCGGUUCAGACCAUUCAGAGGGCCUGCACAAAGAAUGAAGAAGACAUGCUAGCAGCCGAAGGUGAUGCCGAUUAUGCGGAAGUCUGCAGACAGUUUCCACUGCUGAUGAUAUGUGCGGCGACGGCACUCCCUCAGUGUUAUAACGACAUUGAGAGGACGUUUUCCAUAUAUGGACACUCCCCGUAUUCCUGUGAACUGACCCCUGAAACAAUUAAAGAAUUACAAGAGAUAGUUCGGAAAGGAACACAGGUGGAAGAACUAACAACAUCAACCAUUGAUACAACUACCACAUCAGUAGAACAAGAGGAACAAUAUGGUAGAACAUUUCAUAGCAUCCUGACAUCGCCUGCUUCUAGAGGCUCCAUGAAUGUGACGCAGAAGAAGACUGAAAUACAUCCUGGAAGUAAAGAAAAACACAAAGGGACCAACACACACGAUGAUGGGAGUGUAGUUAUGUACAGUAUUCCCACCGUGGCUCUCCUGUUGGUAACAACACCAUUGCUGCGAUGGUCAAUGUCUUGA